GAAGCUAGAGAUGCACGCGACAACCAAGAGCCUUUAUAUUGUUCUUGUAGACAAGUUUCUUUUGGAGAGAUGGUAGCAUGCGAUGGUCAGAAUUGUCCAUAUGAAUGGUUCCAUAUGGAGUGCGUGGGUUUAACAGCACCUCCAAAAGGGGCAUGGUACUGCAACGACUGCUUGGAAGAAAUGAAGAAGAUGAAACGCAAGAAG